AUGGCGGGUGAUAACACUCCGCCCGUGCUGAACCAGCUCCAGCAAACAUUGAUUUACCAAGACACCACACAGCGCCUGAACGCAAUAUUCAGCCGCUUCUGGGCAACACUCAGAGACCGCAUGAGAGCAGCACAAACCGCUCAGAGACCUGCACAGACAGCGUUUAAGCGAGGCAGCCGGCAGCAGAGAAAGGGAG